AAAGACCCUUCCUUUCUCCUGCUCGAAACGCUCUCCUACGUCCCUACCCCCCUCUCCCCGUUCCUCCCAAAACCAUCGCCUUGGUGAUCGAACCCUCGCGAUUCAGUCGCCAUUAGAGCUAACUGAGAAGGCAACGGUGGGAUCGCGACGUACAGUGACCCGAAACUCCCAUCUUUCUUCUCCUUCCGCUCCGCUCCUACCCGAAACCAUGGAGGCAGAUGGAGGAAGGUAGAUUCAUAUCUUCCUUUACGAGCGAAUCACCCUUCUCGGAUUUGCUGAGAAGAGAAGCGGAAAUCCGAAAUCCUCACUUGAUCUCGCCUGCGAGCAAAUCAAGCCUUGCCUCGGCUGAUCGGAGCUGCCCUUCAGCGCGGUUUUCGGUUUCUGUGGAUUUAUUUAAUCAGGUUGGGAGUCAGAAGUAUCGCUGUUGCUUUGGAUCCGAGUUGUCGGAUCUAGGUUUUAUGAGUGAUCCAUAGAAGGGCAUCGGAUGAGCAGCGCAUGUUCCAAUCUUCUCGGAAAACAAUGAGAUGGGCGUCAUUGCUUAAGGACAUCAAAGAAAAGGUAGGCCUAUCGCACUCCCAGCAUCAGUCCGCCAACUCUUUCGAUUCCGGAACUGCGGCAGCCACCGCGUCCGGAGCUGGAGCCUCAGAGGCGCCAGAUUUUUCCGCGACACCACAUGCCUCUCCGAGUUCUUCCCCUGCUAGAGGCAAAUAUGAAUUGGAGGUUGAUUUUAAGAGGUUUUGGGAAGAAUUCCGCUCUUCCAGCUUUGAAAAGGAGAAAGAAGAGGCAUUAAACAUGGCACUAGAUGCUUUUUGUAGAUUAGUAAAGGAGCAAUAUGAUGUAGCUCAGUUAUUUAACAAGUUAGUUGAAGCGCACAUUUUUUCUUUUGUUGUUGGAAGAGCCUUUGUAACGGAUGUGGAGAAGUUGAGAAUGUACACUAAGGGAAGAGUCCUGCAAGCUGUGAAAGUCAUCAAGUUCUUUUCUGAUGUCACAAAGGACGGUAUGUGCCCAGGUUCAAAUUUUUUGUAUGCUUUAGAAGUUCUUGUGACAGGGCCAGUUGAUAAGCAGCCAUUGUUGGACUCUGGCAUUCUUUGCUGCCUUAUUCAGAUAUUGAACGCCUUACUGAAUCCUGAUGAAUCUAGUCAAAUGCCUUUUGUCCCGGAUGAAGCAGCUUCAAAUGUUAAAAGUAGUGAUGGAGAUACUUUGCAUGUUCGGCGGCUUGAGGUAGAGGGAAGCGUUGUGCAUAUCAUGAAGGCCUUGGCAAGCCACCCUUCCGCUGCUCUGAGUUUGAUUGAAGAUGAUUCACUUCAGCUUCUGUUUCAUAUGGUUACAAAUGGUUCUUUGAAUGUUUUUUCCCAAUUUAAAGACGGUCUUGUCCGUUUGCAUACCAUCCAACUACAUCGACAUGCCAUGCAGAUACUAGGCCUUCUUCUUACCAAUGAUAAUGGAAGCACUGCAAACUAUAUACACAAACAUCAUCUGAUCAAAGUCCUUCUUACAGCUGUGAAGGAUUUCAAUCCCGAGAAAGGAGAUCCCGUAUAUACAAUGGGCAUCAUAGAUUUGCUACUUGAAUGUGUGGAGUUGUCAUCUAAACCUGAUGCUGGUCAAAUUAGACUUAGGGAAGAUAUACACAAUGCUCAUGGCUAUCAAUAUCUUGUUCAGUUUGCACUAACACUAUCCAGCUUGCACAGAUAUUCGCUCAUUCAAUCUGUUAAUCCAGAUUCUUCCUUUCAAAAAACUGAUUCAGAUGGCCACCAUUCAUCCCUAUUAGAUCAGGAGUUUUCCAGUAGAGGGGAAGCCCUCCAAUCCCAGGUUUCUCCAACACUAUCAAGGCUGCUUGAUGUUCUUGUAAACCUUGCACAAACAGGCCCUGUAGACACAAUAUCUCCUGUAAGAGGUUCAAAAUCUAGUUAUGGAAAGGCCUCUGCUCAUAGCCGAAGCCGCACAUCUUCUCAGGAGAGAUUAGGUGAUGAGAUGUGGGAAAAGGGCAACAUGAGGAUCAAAGACCUUGAAGCAAUUCAGAUGAUGCAGGACAUUUUUCUGAAGGCAGACAACGUAGAACUGCAAGCGGAGGUGUUGAAUAGAAUGUUCAAAAUAUUUUCAAGUCAUCUUGACAAUUACAAGUUGUGUCAGCAAUUGCGGACUGUUCCUCUUUUCAUUCUAAACAUGGCAGGAUUCCCUGCUUCAUUUCAGGAAAUAAUUCUUAAAAUAUUGGAAUAUUUUGUUACUGUUGUCAACUGUAUUCCAGAACAAGAGCUGCUUUCACUCUGCUGCUUAUUGCAGCAACCAAUUAGCACUGAUUUAAAGCAUAAAAUUCUCGCCUUUUUUGUCAAGCUUUUAUCCUUCGAUCAGCAGUAUAAAAAGGUUCUCAGGGAAGUUGGUGUCCUUGAGGUGCUGUUGGAUGAUUUAAGACAGCACAAGUUUAACUCUGGCAUUGAACAGCAGAAUAAUCCAUCCAAUUCUUUCGAGAGAACACUGAGUUCUCGCGGCUUCAAGAAACAUAUAGAGGACAAAGAUGCCAUCCUUUCUUCACCCAGAUUUGUUGGAUCUGGUUCGUGGAAGUUUCCUAUUUUUGAAGAUGAGGCUACCAUUGCUGUGGCCUGGGAUUGCCUUUCUUCCUUACUGAAAAAAGCUGAAACUAACCAGCAAUCAUUUCGGUCAUGUAAUGGUGUCAUUACUGUUCUUCCUUUCUUGACAUCAGAUAGCCAUCGAUCAGGGGCUCUGCGGCUGUUAUCAUGCUUGAUUAUUGAAGAUUCUCUGCAGGCUCAUCAUGAGGAAUUGGGGUCACUGGUUGAAAUUCUUAAGAGUGGAAUGAUCACAAAUGUGUUAGGAUCUCAAUAUAAACUUGAAAAUGAUGCUAAAUGUGACAUUUUUGGAACAUUAUGGCGUAUACUUGGUUCAAAUAAUUCUGCACAGCGUGUUUUUGGUGAAGCUACAGGCUUUUCGCUUCUAUUGACCACUUUACAUAGUUUCCAAAGUAGCUAUGAUACAGCCCCACAUUCUUCUUUAAUUAUCAACACCAGAGUUUUCAGCUUUUUAUUGCGUGUUAUAACAGCAGGAGUGUGCGGUAAUCCCAUUAAUCGUGUAAGACUGCAUACAAUCAUUUCUUCGCAGACAUUUUAUGAUCUUCUAUGUGAGUCUGGUUUGCUCUGUGUGGAUCGUGAAAAACAAGUCAUCCAGUUGUUACUGGAACUGGCUCUUGAAAUUGUUACUCCACCAUCUGUGCAAACAGAAAGUGGAUCAUCAUCUGAUACUUUUGAGGAGGAAUCCAAUUUUCUAAAUCCUUCACUUGUUAUAGACCGGCCUGACAAUGAGCGGGUAUAUAAUGAAAGUGCUGUGGGAGUGCUGAUCCGGUCCUUGUUACUUUUUACUCCAAAAGUGCAACUGGAUCUACUGAAGUUCAUUGAGAAGCUUGCCAAUGCUAGUGCUUUCAAUCAGGAAAGCUUAACUUCUAUUGGUUCUAUCGGACUUCUUCUGGAGAUGAUUAAUCCAUUUCUUGAUAGCUCAUCUCCAUUACUUUCUCAUACAUUGAAAAUUGUAGAGAUUCUAGGUGCUUACAGGCUCUCUUCAUCUGAGCUCCAAAUACUCGUAAGGUAUGUUGUACAAAUGAAAGCAAAACGUUCCGGUCAUCUUUUUGUUGAUAUGCUGGAGAAACUAAUCCAAACUGAAGAUACGAGGGUGCAGAGUGUUUCUCUUGCUCCUUUUGUUGAGAUGGACAUGAGUAAAGUUGGUUAUGCAUCCGUUCAUGUCUCCCUAGGAGAAAGAACGUGGCCUCCUGCUGCUGGAUAUUCCUUUGUUUGUUGGUUUCAGUUUAUAAACUUGCUCAAAAGUCAGGUUAAGGAUUCAGAACCUUUGUCCAAAGCUGGAUCUUCAAGAAGUGUUUCUGGUGGAGUUAUGCUGCGUGUAUUUUCUGUUGGAGCAGCUAAUGAUGGAAACACAUUCUAUGCAGAGCUUUACCUCCAAGAUAAUGGUGUUUUAACUCUUGCAACAAGCAGCUCUCUUUCCUUAUCAUUUCCUGGCAUGGAACUAGAUGAAGGAAGGUGGCAUCAUCUUGCUGUUGUUCAUAGUAAGCCUAAUGCAUUAGCUGGAUUAUUCCAGUCUAGCGUAGCAUAUCUUUAUCUUGAUGGGAAGCUAAGACACACUGGAAAGCUCGGAUAUUCACCAUCUCCUAUUGGUAAAUCAUUAAUGGUUACCCUUGGCUCUGCAAUUACUCGUGCUAAAGUUACAGAUCUUUCAUGGAGACUUGGUAGCUGUUAUCUUUUUGAGGAAGUACUUACUGCAGGUAAUAUUUUCUUUAUGUAUAUUCUUGGCCAAGGAUAUAGGGGUUUGUUUCAAGAUACAGAUCUUCUUCGGUUCGUUCCUAAACAGGCCUGUGGUGGGGGUAAUAUGGCUCUCUUAGAUUCACUAGAUGCUAAAUUAUCCCUAGCCUCAAAUGUGCAGAAAGCUGAUGCUUCUGCCAAGCAGGUGAAUCCUAAAAUGGAUGGCAGUGGAAUAGUUUGGGAUUUGGAAAGACUAGUGAGACUCGCUUCACAGCUAUCGGGGAAGAAGCUGAUAUUUUCUUUUGAUGGAACUUCCUUUGAUGCAUUUAGAGCAUCCGGAACAUUUUCUUUGCUCAAUCUUGUUGAUCCAACCUCUGCUGCUGCUUCUCCAAUUGGUGGUAUACCUCGUUAUGGCCGCUUUAAUGGAGAUACAUAUAUAUGUAAUAAACGUGUUAUUGGGGACACAUUACGCAUGAUUGGAGGGAUGUCUGUCGUUCUCGCUCUCAUUGAAGCUGCUGAAACGAGGGAUAUGUUGCACAUGGUGUUGGAGUUACUCGCGUGCUCUCUUCAUCAAUGCCCUCAGAACAUGCAUGAAAUGCAAGCAUUACGGGGGUACCAUCUACUCUCCCUUUUCUUGCAUCGCAAGAUGUCAUUGUUUGACUUGCCAUCACUCGAGAUUUUCUUCCAGAUUGCUGCAUGUGAAGCUUGCUUUUCGGAACCUCAGAAAUCCAAAAUAAGCAAAGGCAUAUUUUCCCCCUCUGGAACUUCAGCAGAGACCAGCCUUGAAAAUCUUUCCUUACCAAAGUUUUCUGAUGAAAUAUCAUCUAUCGGAUCUCAGGGUGAUUUAGAUGACUUCUCAAUUCACAAGGAUUCAUUCAGUCACAUAUCAGAGCUUGAUAAUUCAGACUUGCAUGAAGAAAUUUCAAACUGUUUUGUUCUUUCGAAUGCUGAUAUGGUUGAGCAUGUUCUUCUAGAUUGGACAUUGUGGGUCACAGCUCCUGUUUCAGUUCAAAUUGCAUUGCUUGGAUUUCUAGAGCGACUAGUCUCCAUCCACUGGUAUAGGAAUCAUAAUCUGUCAAUUUUACGUAGGAUAAACCUGGUGCAGCAUCUUCUUGUAACUCUACAAAGGGGUGAUGUUGAAGUCUCUGUUCUGGAAAAACUUGUGGUGCUACUUGGUGUUAUUCUGGAGGAUGGUUUCUUAGCUUCAGAGCUUCAACUUGUUGUCAGAUUUGUGAUAAUGACAUUUGAUCCCCCGGUCCAGGCUUCGCUCAAUCAAGUUGUCCGGGAAACAAUGGGAAAGCAUGUUAUUGUGCGGAAUAUGUUGCUUGAGAUGCUUAUUGAUUUGCAGGUGACUAUAAAAUCUGAUGAGCUUUUAGAACAAUGGCAUAAGAUCGUUUCAUCUAAGUUGAUCACGUAUUUUCUUGAUGAAGCAGUACAUCCAACCAGUAUGAGAUGGAUCAUGACCCUUCUAGGAGUGUGUCUUGCGUCAUCUCCCACAUUUACUCUUAAAUUCCUUAGUAGUGGAGGUUUUCAAGGCUUGACACGUGUGCUUCCGAGCUUUUAUGAUUCUCCUGAAAUAUAUUACAUACUUUUCUGUCUGAUUUUUGGAAAGGCUGUAUAUCCGAGGGUGCCAGAAGUCCGUAUGCUGGACUUUCAUGCCCUUAUGCCUAGUGAUGACAAGUAUGGGGAGUUGAAAUUUGUGGAGUUGUUAGAAUCUGUGGUUACUAUGGCAAAAAAUACAUUUGAUAGAUUGAGCAUGCAAGUCAUGCUUGCACAACAAAAUGAUAAUAUGUCACACCUUAAUGGUGGCUUGGUUUCGGAGCUUGCAGACGCCAGAGAGGACAUGGGAGGUGACCUUCAGGGGGAAGCUCUGAUGCAUAAAACAUAUGCAGCGAGGCUGAUGGGCGGGGAAGCUGCUGCUCCAGCUACAGCUAUGUCAAUACUGAGGUUCAUGGUGGACUUGGCAAAGAUGUGCCCUCCUUUCUCUGCCAUAUGCAGGCGACCAGAGUUCUUAGAAAACUGUGUUGACUUAUAUUUUUCUUGUCUAAGGGCUGAUUGUGCGAUGAAAAUGGCAAAAAAUCUUAAGCCUACAGAAAAUGAUGAGAAAACCAUGAUUGAUAAUGAUGAUAAUUCAAGUUCUCAAAAUACAUAUUCAAGCUUGCCAGUAGAUCAUGAGCAGUCCACUAAAACUUCUGUGAGCUUAGGCAGCUUUCCUCGAGAGAUGAAGAGUACUAGCUCAGAAGAUAUAGUUGGACUGAAUCCUCUUGUUACCGUUAGUGAUGUGAGCAUGGAUUCUUCUCCCAAUUUAGAAUCUAUCACAACUGGUGAAAACCUGCAAACUCUCAAAGGGCACAAUUCAUUUAGUUUUGAGACUUCUGAGUUGAAACUUCAUGAUUCGAAUGGGAUUGCAGAUCUUCUUACCCCUCCGACAGAUUUGUCAAGCUCUGCAUCACUUUAUCCACCAGAUUCUCCUGUUUUGUCUGAGAAAUCAUUUCCUAAAUUAUCCAUAACACCCGCAUCACCCGUCCCUGCUCUAACUUCUUGGCUUGGCAGUACCAGCAUUAAAGAUGCAAAAGCAGUGUUACCUGCCACUUCACCCAUUGGAUCUUCUUUGUCCAUGAAGGACUUCGAUACAUCUCCUGAUGCACGGGCUCUGUUGCACGGCUCAUCUGCUGCGAACACAUACUUCCCAAUCAAUUCAAAACUAUUGCUUGAAAUUGAUGAUUAUGGAUAUGUAGGCGGCCCUUGUUCUGCUGGAGCCACCGCUAUCCUGGAUUUCGUUGCUCUAGUUCUUGCAGAUGUUGUUUUGGAGCAGCUGAAAGCAACUCAAUUUCUUGAAACCAUUUUGGAAGCUGUUCCUUUGUAUAUAGAUGCAGAUUCUGCUUUAGUUUUCCAAGGUUUGUGCCUGGGAAGAUUACUGAACUUCUUGGAAAGGCGUCUACUGUUAGAUGAUGAGGAAAAUGAGAAGAAACUGGACAAGAGCCGUUGGUCUGUGAAUCUAGACAGUCUAUGCUGGAUGAUUGUAGACCGUGUUUAUAUGGGUUCUUUUCCUCAGCCUGUCGGUGUGUUGAGAACACUAGAGUUCUUAUUGUCAAUGUUGCAACUUUCCAAUAAAGAUGGACGCAUACAAGAUGCUUCUCCUGUAGGCAAAGGCCUGUUGUAUAUUACGAGGGGAAGCAGGCAACUUGAAGCAUAUAUACAUGCAAUCUUGAAAAAUACGAAUCGUAUGUUAAUGUAUUGUUUUAUGCCAUCAUUCUUAGCAACUAUUGCAGAGGAUGAGUUUCUUUCCAAUUUGGGUUUUCUUGUGGAGAGUGGAAAAGUUUCUAGUACAAGGACUGUUCAGGAUGAAUCUACUAUCAGCAUAUGUACAGUUUUACAAUUAAUAGUGGCCAACAAAAGACUUAUUCUCUGCCCAAGCAAUCUUGACACUGAUUUGGUUUGUUGCCUUUGUAUAAAUCUUAUAUCUCUCUUCCGUGAUAAACGGCAAACUGCUCGGGAACUGGCGGUGGAUAUAUUCAAACAUCUAUUAUUGCAUCGACGGCCAGCUCUCGAGGAUUUACUCGUGUCCAAGCCAAACCAGGGAAAAAGCUUGGAUGUUCUGCAUGGGGGUUUUGAUAAGUUAUUAACUGGAAGCUUCGCUGUCUUUUUUGAAUGGUUUUGGAAGUCAGAACAGACUAUUAAUAUGGUUUUGGAGCAGUGUGCUGCCAUUAUGUGGGUUCAAUAUGUUGCUGGGUCAGCAAAGUUCCCUGGUGUGCGUAUCAAAGGUAUGGAGGUUCGUCGCAAAAGAGAAAUGGGAAGGAAAUUACGAGACACUUCAAGAUUUGACUUACGACAUUUGGAACAAAUGAAUGAAAGGAGAUAUGCUCUUGAAUUGGUUCGUGAUUUGAUGGCUACUGAGUUGAGAGUCAUUCGCCAAGAUAAAUAUGGAUGGGUUCUCCAUGCUGAGAGCGAGUGGCACACUCAUUUACAGCAGCUAGUUCAUGAAUGUGGUAUAUUUCCGGUUCACUCUUCUGCUUCAGAAUCCGAGUGGCAGCUUUGUCCCAUUGAAGGUCCAUACCGCAUGAGGAAGAAGCUCGAACGUUGCAGUUUAAAACUUGAUAUUGUCCAAAGCAUUCUGAAAAGAGGAUUUGGACUUGAAGACAAUAAGAUAUUGAAGGAAAAACCUUCCGGAGCUGAUUCUGAUCCAUAUUUUAAUCUGUUAGCUGAAACUGGUGAGCGGAAGCUUUAUGGGGAUGAUGAAGAGUCUCUUUUCAAGGACAUCGAUCAGUUCAAAGCUGAAAUGUCGGGGCUUGCCCAGAGUACCUGGACCGAUGAUCGUUGCAGCAGUGUAAAUGAACCAAAUCUUCAGUUUGCUCAAGAACCUGGUGUCAAGUCUAGCUCUGGUUCUGCUCGGAUAACAGAAAGUUUCCAGGCAAGAUCUGACCUUGGCUCUCCAAGACAGUCUUUUUCUAUGAGGGAUGAAGACUUGAAAGGUGUGGAUGAGAAGUCGGAGAAAGAACUGCAUGAUAAUGGCGAAUAUCUUAUCAGACCUUAUCUCAAACCUUCUGAGAAAAUAAGAUUCAAGUAUAAUUGUGAACGAGUUGUAGGCUUAGACAAGCAGGACGGCAUAUUUCUUAUAGGGGACCUCUGUUUAUAUGUCAUAGAGAAUUUCUACAUUGAUGAUUCUGGAUGUAUAUGUGAGAAAGAGACAGAAGACGAGCUCUCUGUGAUAGACCGAGCUUUGGGUGUGAAAAAGGAUCUUUCAGGGGGCAUGGAAUUCCAGUUGAAGUCACACUCUACAUGGAGUAGUAGUUCAAAAUCAUUGGUUGGGGGAAGAGCUUGGGCUUACAAUGGGGGUGCAUGGGGUAAGGAGAAAGUUUGUAGUAGUGGUAAUCUUCCCCAUUCAUGGCAUAUGUGGAAGCUUGACAAUGUUUACGAACUCGUGAAACGUGACUACCAACUUCGUCCUGUGGCUAUCGAGAUAUUUAGCAUGGAUGGACAUAAUGAUCUUUUGGUUUUUCACAAGAAGGAGCGGGACGAAGUCUUCAAAAACCUUGUUGCCAUGAAUCUCCCUCGGAAUAACAUGUUGGAUACAACUAUUUCAGGUGCUUCUAAACAAGAUGGAAACGAGGGAAGCCGCCUUUUUAGGAUUUCUGCCAAAUCGUUCUCAAAAAGAUGGCAAAAUGGAGAAAUCAGCAAUUUCCAAUACCUCAUGCAUCUUAACACACUCGCCGGCCGCGGAUAUAGCGAUCUCACGCAGUACCCUGUAUUUCCAUGGGUGCUUGCAGAUUACGAAAGCGAAAUUCUCGAUUUAUUCAAUCCAAAAACUUUCCGAAAGCUCGAUAAACCGAUGGGUUGCCAAACUCCCGAAGGAGAGGAAGAGUUCAAGAAGAGAUAUGAGAGUUGGGAUGACCCUGAUGUGCCAAAAUUUCAUUAUGGAUCUCAUUACUCCAGUGCUGGAAUUGUUCUAUUUUAUCUUUUGAGGCUGCCACCGUUCAGUUCUGAAAACCAGACUCUGCAAGGCGGCCAGUUUGACCAUGCAGACCGGUUGUUCAACAGUGUGAGGGAUACUUGGUUGAGUGCUGCGGGUAGGGGUAAUACCUCAGAUGUUAAGGAGCUUAUUCCUGAAUUCUUUUAUCUGCCGGAGUUUCUAGAAAACCGAUUUAAUCUUGACUUUGGAGAAAAGCAGUCGGGUGAGAAGGUUGGUGAUGUUAUUUUGCCUCCUUGGGCCAAAGGCAGCCCAAGGGAAUUCAUUAGAAAACAUAGGGAAGCGCUGGAAUCAGAUUAUGUUUCCGAGAAUCUGCAUAACUGGAUUGAUCUAAUUUUCGGCUACAAGCAAAGAGGAAAGGCAGCUGAGGAUGCCAUUAAUGUCUUCUAUCACUACACCUAUGAAGGAAAUGUUGACAUAGACGCUGUAACCGAUCCUGCAAUGAAAGCUUCCAUUCUUGCUCAGAUCAAUCAUUUUGGCCAAACUCCCAAGCAAUUAUUUCUAAAACCCCAUGUGAGACGCCACACCGAUAGGAAAAUUCCUCUUCACCCCCUCCGCUACAGCGCCCACCUUCUUCCCCACGAGAUCCGCAAAUCCCCAUCUUCUAUCUCUCAAAUAAUCACCUUCCAUGAUAAGGUCAUCACUGCCGCCGCAAACAAUCGGCUGAAACCCAUAACAUACAGUAAGUACAUCGCAUGGGGAUUCCCUGAUCGAAGCGUGAGGAUCAUAAACUAUGAUCAGGACAGACUCCUCUCCACUCAUGAGAACCUUCAUGGUGGGAACCAAAUCCUAUGUACCGGAGUCAGCCACGAUGGUCAGAUCCUCGUUACCGGCGGUGACGAUGGCGUAGUCGCAGUGUGGAGAUUCUCUAAAGAUAACAUUCGAGCUCAACGAAGCCUUCACCUUGCCAGAGCCCUCUGUGCCCACACAACCAAGGUCACCUGCCUUUACGUCAGCCAACCUUACAGCCUAAUCGCUUCCGGCUCCGAAGACUGCACGGUCAUCUUAUGGGAUCUUUCGAGCUUGUCCUUUGUCAAACAACUCCCGAAAUUCCCGGCGCCAGUAUCCGCCAUACAUGUCAACGACCUCACUGGAGAAAUCCUAACAGCCGCCGGAGUUCUUCUUGGAGUAUGGAGCAUCAAUGGAGACUGUCUUGCCGUCGUCAAUACUUCGCAGCUCCCAUCCGAUCUAAUCUUAUCUGUGACAUGCCCGGCAUUUUCCGAUUGGCAGGACACGAACUGGUACGUAACGGGGCACCAGAGUGGGGCUGUGAAAAUCUGGAACAUGGUGCAUUGCAGGGAUAUGGAUGAGUCCGGCGUGAAGAACAAGUCGCUGGAGAAUGUCUCGGGAGGGCUAAUUCUCGCUGGCAAAGCGCCGGAAUACAUACUACUGCUUCAUAAGGUGCUGAAAUCACAUAAACAUCCAGUUACAGCACUGCACAUCACAAACGAUCUCAAGCAGCUACUAACUGGAGACUCAGGAGGGCAUUUGCUGUCCUGGAGUCUCGCCGAAGAUAUCUUAAGAUCGAAUUUCGGGCAAGGGUGAUCUCGGAGGGACGAAUACUGAGUCGAGAAUUGAAACUAACCUGAAUCCCUCAGUUUGGACUUCAGGCAGCAGAUGCAGAUGGAACAUCUGCUUAACCCAGAGGGGUUGGCCUGAAAUUUACGGCGAUACAUACGCUGGGGUUUUGGUCACAGGUAACAAAGAAGCUCCUACAGAUAAUUUAGAUUGAAGAGAGAUUACAGAAUAUGAUAUACACUAAAGUGCUAACAGUUCUCAAAGAUAGUAAUUUUCAGAAAGAUGGGUGGAUUUCUGAUAAUUGUUGUUAUGUGCAAUACAUGUUUGGCUGGUUUAUAAGUUUUGGUAUAAACCAGCAAACUUUUUCAUGUAUUAUGUAAGGGAGGAUUUCAUUUUUUUAAUAAAGAAAUUGAAGCAUGAAAUUAAAGAGGGACAAUUUGGGUAGGAAUAUGGUAUUAUUUCAGCUUCUGAAAGACAUUAUCACAGUGCUGUUAGGUGAAUCUCUUCAUGGUAAUUGCCAUAGGGGUCCUUUGGUUUGUGGGAAAAUGUUGUAAAUUAAAGAGAAUGUAGAGAAACUUUUAUUGUUUUGUUUUGAUUUA